AUGGCGAGAAGGAACCAGAGACGAACGAUAACUACACGUCCAGGCAAAUUCGACCCAGAGGAUGCUCGCCGUGUCAAGCACACCCGCAUCGGCGUAUGGGACCUCUACGAGGAUCGCCAGACUGAUAUUCCACGCAUACCAGGCUCAUCAAGAUUGGAGACAUAUGCCCAGAUAGUCCAGAGCAUGCCCCACGUACUGCGCAUGUUAAAGGAUAUACUCAGCAUCAGACAGUGCUGGCUACUACUCUCUGUAUUCUUGGUAGUGGAAGUCUUAGCCUCCCUCACACCCGCCAUCUCCUUAUGGUACGCCCAGAAGCUUUAUGUAGAGACCGCAAUAGAGUCGCGGACUGUGGACACAACAGUACUCAUUCAUGUUGCAGUAGGACGCGUUGCGUGUACAGUCGCGACGCGUCUUCUCCAAUACGCCCGAAGCCGCAUCGUCAUUCCCAUAAACAUGUCCAUCAAACAAUUCUAUGCUGGGCACAUAUUCCACUCAAUGGCACGCCUUGACGUGCCCACAUUUGAAGACUCUGCCGUUCAAAGGCAGCUCGAGUCUGCGUGGGCGUCCCCUUGGGGCACUAGCAUAGCUUGGCAAACCAUCCAGAGUUCAACAAACGUCGUAAUGACGGUUAUUCGUCUGCUCUCUCAGAUUUCGGUUCUAUUUACAGUCUUGCGCGAGCAGCAAGAUGGUCCCCUGCUUGCAGUCCUCAGCUUCUCGCAAUCUAUAUUUCAAUGGUACAGCACAAGCAAAGGAGUGUUUGGCUCCUUGGCCAAACAUGUAGUUUGGGCCGCUACCACGACUAAUGGAGAUUAUGUUCGUAUGCAAGGCCUUAAGCACUUGGUCGAUAACCCUUCACACCGAAAGGAGGUUGUCGCAGGUAACCUCAGCGAAUAUGUCACCGCACAAUUUCGUGAAUCCGCCAAGCGCGUCGGUGACGAUGCGGGCGAGUUCCCAGAGUUGCGUCGAGCCCAUACUAUCAAGGAUCGUUUGAGUAUAGCGUCCAUCCUCCGCGAACCGAUGCGUGAACUACCCCAGAUCGUCUUCACCUUGCGCGCAGUGCAAAAACCAAUGACCAUCCCUCUCUCGUUGGCAUCACUCACACUCAUCAAUCAGACAUCUAACUCGUUCAGCGGCACGCUUUUCUCACUGUUCGGAGAGUCAUUCUCUCUUGCGGAGCAGUUUGCCAACGUACGCAAGCUAUAUGAGAUCGAGAACGUGCAGAAUAAGGUAGUGGAUGGCGCAGAACCGUUUCCCGAGAACCAGCAGGCUCUCAAGAGUGGUAUUUCUGUUGAGUUCAGGAAUGUUUCGUUCCAAUACCCUGGUGCAGAGGGUUAUGCUCUCCAGAAUGUUUCGUUCACAAUCGGAGCUGGUCAACUUUGUGUUAUCGUCGGGGUGAACGGCUCUGGAAAAAGCACAAUCUUAAAACUCAUCUGCCGCAUCUAUGACCCGACGGAGGGCACUAUCUUUAUUGAUAACCGUGACAUCAAGACCCUCAGACUAGCGGACCUCCGCGCUGCCAUGUCCAUUCUCUUCCAAGACUACACACACUUUCCCCUCUCGAUAAGCGAGAAUAUUGGACUUGGAAACCCCGCCCUUGCACACGACUACGACAAGGUCCGCGAAGCCGCCCGUUUGGGCGGCGCAGAACACUUUAUAGAUAAGCUCCCUGACGGAUUCGAUACUUACCUCGACCGCCCAGUUAAGGACUACUAUGCGGGCCUCCCUGAAGGCACUACGACGCUCUUUGGUAGAUCAGUCGACUACUCCCGCGUGCGAGGUGUUGGAGGUCUCCGUGCUUCUGAGGCUUCAAGCCUCAGUGGUGGACAGAUGCAACGACUUGCAGUUUCUCGCACGUUUAUGCGCUCAUUGGUCUCCGAGACAGAGUCUUCCGCGGGCAUGCUGUUAUUCGACGAGCCGAGCGCCUCUUUGGACCCUACGGCUGAACACGAUCUUUUCGAGCGUCUAAGGAAUUUAAGGGGCAACAAGACCAUGAUAUUCUCAUCACAUCGGUUCGGGAACCUCACCCGACAUGCAGAUCUCAUUUUAAUCAUGGACGAAUCUGUUGUCCAGGAAGAAGGCACGCACGACGAUUUAUUGAAGAGAGGGGGAGAGUACGCUCGUAUCUGGAAUUUACAAGCGAGAGCUUUCAUUUAA